AUGAGCGACAAUCCGUUUCUUGUGGGCGAUAAACCGCCCUCGCGCUCAUCGACGCCGUCCAUUAAAUUUUCACAGAAAACUGUUGAGGACACUAUUUCAGAACUCCGUACAGACAUAACCAGCGGGCUAUCUAGCAACCAGGAUGUCUUGAACCGUCGCCUGAUCCACGGUGUUAACGAGUUAAGCUCAGAUGAGGAAGAGUCUUUGGUAAUGAAGUUUGUUUCGUCAUUCUAUUCCGACCCUUUGAUUCUCUUAUUGAUUGGAUCUGCAGUGGUGAGCUUCUGGAUGGGCAACGUCGACGACGCCGUUUCCAUCACCUUGGCCAUCACCAUUGUCGUCACUGUCGGGUUUGUGCAAGAGUACCGCUCCGAGCAGAGUCUUCAGGCUUUGAACAAAUUGGUGCCCGCGGUGGCCAAGUUGACUAGAAACGGAAACACCAAUAGUGUACUAGCGUCCGCAUUGGUUCCGGGCGACUUAGUUCAUUUCUCACAAGGUGACCGUAUACCAGCCGACAUUCGUUUAACCGAAGCCGUUCAUCUCACCAUUGACGAAUCCAACUUGACUGGAGAAAACCGUCCCGUAAAGAAACAGGUGGAUCCGAUUGACGCGAAAAAUGGCCUUUCUAACGAUGUUCCUGUCACAGACCGUUCCUCCAUAGCGUUCAUGGGCACAUUGGUUCGUGACGGACAUGGGUCCGGAAUAGUUGUUGCAACAGGUGCUCAAACUGAAUUUGGCGCUGUUUUCGAAAUGAUGGCCCAGAUCGAGAAGCCAAAAACACCAUUGCAACAAGCCAUGGAUAAAUUGGGCAAGGACCUUUCCCUGUUCAGUUUUGGUGUUAUCGGUAUAAUUUGCUUGUUGGGCAUCCUCCAAGGUCGUAAGUGGUUAGAUAUGUUCCAAAUUUCUGUUUCUUUGGCUGUUGCUGCUAUUCCAGAAGGUUUGCCAAUUAUCGUCACUGUUACUUUGGCUCUUGGUGUCUUGAGAAUGGCAAAACACAAGGCUAUUGUGCGCAGAUUGCCUAGUGUCGAAACUUUGGGUAGUGUCAAUGUUAUUUGCUCUGAUAAGACAGGAACUUUGACCCAAAACCACAUGACAGUCACAAAGAUUUGGGCUCUUGAUUACAAGCACUCGUCGUCACAGAAUCAGUUUUUGGUUGUGGAGAAGAUGAACGAUACUGUUUUGCAGCAUUCACUCACUCAAAAUGUUAGGAAACUCUUGGAGGUAGCAAACCUCUGUAACAACGCACGUUUCUCUUCUGAAAAUGGGAAGUAUGUGGGUAAUCCUUCCGAUAUUGCUCUCGUUGAAUGUUUACCACACUUUGAUCUAGAAGACGUUAGAGGUACUAAACCUAGGGUUUCCGAGUUACCUUUCUCGUCCAGCAAGAAGUUCAUGGCCGUUUGUGUACAUAGUGGAGACUUGUCUAAAUGUGAGACCCAUGUCAAAGGUGCAACAGAGGCCGUUUUGCGGUUAUCUACGAAGUAUUUGGAUCAGAAUGGACAAGUGAAGCCUAUCACUGACGAGAUUAAAGAAAUCAUUCAUCAAAACUCGAUUGCUUUGGCUCAAGAGGGUUUGAGAGUAUUGGGUUUUGCCCGUAACAACCAAAAAUAUUCUGCUGACAAUGAUGCUGCACUUCCGUCAGAUUUAAUCUUCUGCGGUAUGGUCGGUAUGAAAGAUCCGCCAAGACCAAAUGUUGGCCAGUCUAUUUCUAUGUUAAUGAAAGGUGGUGUUCACGUUAUCAUGAUUACUGGCGAUUCUCCGACAACUGCGGCGAACAUUGCAAAACAAAUCGGAAUUCCAGUCACCAGCAACGACUCCAUAAUGACGGGAGAACAGUUGGACAGAUUGAACGAAGAGAAUUUAAGCCAUGCCAUCCAUAAUGUUUCCGUUUUUGCCAGAACAACGCCAGAACACAAGGUGUCUAUUGUUAAAGCCUUGCAAAGAAGAGGUGAUAUUGUUGCCAUGACUGGUGAUGGUGUCAAUGACGCACCAGCUUUGAAGUUAGCAGAUAUUGGUAUCGCCAUGGGCAAAAACGGUACUGAUGUUGCCAAGGAAGCUGCAGAUAUGGUUCUCACGGAUGAUGAUUUCUCUACUAUCUUGAACGCUAUUGAGGAAGGAAAAGGAAUCUUUUAUAAUAUCCAAAACUUUGUCACAUUUCAAUUGUCAACCUCCAUUGCCGCCUUGUCUUUAAUUGCUUUGUCGACGUUUUUCGGCCUCCCCAACCCAUUGAAUGCCAUGCAAAUUUUGUGGAUUAACAUAUUAAUGGACGGUCCACCAGCACAAUCUUUAGGAGUUGAACCAGUGGAUCAUGAGGUUAUGAAUAAACCCCCUAGAAAGAGAACCGACAAAAUCCUAAACAAGCAAGUAAUCAAACGAGUUUUGCAAAGCGCAUGCAUGAUUAUUCUUGGAACCUUGUACAUUUUUGUGAAGGAGAUGCAAGAUAAUGUGAUCACCGCUAGAGAUACAACAAUGACAUUCACAUGCUUUGUCAUGUUCGACAUGUUUAAUGCGUUGUCAUGUCGUCAUUACUCCAAGUCAAUUUUUGAGCUAGGACUCACAAACAAAAUGUUUAACUUCUCUGUUGCAGGCUCACUUCUUGGGCAAUUAUGUGCUAUUUAUGUUCCAUUCUUCCAGUCCAUUUUCCAGACAGAAGCAUUGUCCUUGGGUGAUUUAUUCACAUUGUUGGUCAUCACUAGUACGGUUUUUAUUGGCGACGAAAUCCGUAAAUACAUAUUAAGAAAAAACCAACUAGUGGCUGGUUUUAGCUAUGCUGUCUAG